GUAGAAAACAAGGGGACGGAACACGCAAAUAAACGCACGUGUACAAAACAGUCACGUGAAUGAUCAUGUGACUCAGCGGUUUGAAUAAUCGUUGAUAUCAGUGCGUAAUGCGAUAGCGUGUUACGUCAUAUCGUGUUGAGCUUACGAGUCGCAUGAUCUGCUAAACAUGGCGUUGCCACGCGUUGAGGCGCGACAGUUGGAAAUGUUUUUACCGAAAGUUAACGAGCACAACAGGUUGGAAUUGGAUCUUCUAGAUGCACACUUGUUUGCAUUUCCUGAAGAAAUAUGUGAGACGAGCGGACUGGAGGUAUUGAAACUUUGUACAGACCACAUACACUCUAUACCCGAAGGCAUUGCCAAACUGAGGAAACUAGAAGAAAUUCAUUUGCAUACAAGUGAUUACCAUGAUUCCAGAACUUCCUACUUCUCACCGCGGCUUCCACCCAUUGGUCUCCAGGAGGUCCCUACUGUUGUUUCUCUUCUUCCAUGUCUCAAGGUUUUGUCUGUGUGUGGUAACUGUCGCAAUCCAUUGCUGUUUGACGAGCUAAUGUCAUGUCAACUGCCCAGUACUCUUGUGGAAGUGGAAAUGGUGGCAUGUUGUUUGACACAAGCAACUUUGUCUAUGAUCUGCAACAAUGUGAAACUGUGCAAAGUGAAUUUAGCACGCAACAAUCUGCAGUCCUUCAAAUGUUGCAACACAGAGAUGAUAAGAGAGGCAACAGUCUUGAAUGAUCUAGAAGAGCUGGAUUUAUGUGAGAGAAGUUUUCGACAGGUGGGAUCUGAUAAGUACAUGUAUCAUUCAAUGGUUGAUAGUUUGGGAGCUGGGAUGGCAAAGCAAAGGCUAAUUUUCGAGGGAAGCCUGAGUAGUGGAGGGGAGUUUUGUGGUAUUGUCGAUCCUGCCAUGUUCUAA